CCCAUUACGUAAGAACUUCCGGUAUGAGAAAUAUGAUCGAACGUACACAGCAAACAGUAUGAAAAUCACUCAUAAUACCUUUUUGAAAUAUGUAGAGACAGAUUUACAUCAAAACAGUUAACACCAAACAAAUGGAAACAAUAAAGGCUAAUGCAGGAAUCCUGAGCAAUUAUGAGGUACUCAGGCUACUCCAAGAACUUCGCAGUCAACAGAAACGCAGCAAUACUAGAAGCCAUCUUGCUACAAUUACUUAUGAGACUAUCCAGUACCUUCAAGACACUCCAUGCAGUCACCAGUCACCAGAAAUAAUUCAUAACUUUUUAAAAGCACUGGAACCUUUCAAGUUAACUAAAGCAGAGAAAGUUAUGUUACUCAACAGUCCACCAACAACUCCAUUAGAAAUUCAGCUUAUGGUGGAAGAAAGUGAGGAAAGGCUAACAGAUGAGCAAGUUGAACAACUGCUGCAGAUUGUAGUUAACUGUCAACUUGUGCAACCCGGUCUUCUCCAGAACUAGUGCAACAAAGUUACAAAUUCAACAUUUCCAUCUAGAUAAGAGAUGGGUUUUGAGGUUAUCACAACUGUGGUCUUCAACAUGAUGCCAUGUGGUCUGCAGGUUGUUACCAGUGUUUUGGAAGGAUUUCUUGCCUCCAUCAGGGUGAUGUAGUUUUAAAACCCACAGUUCACAAGAUAAGGGGUACUGAAGACAGUAAUUUAUUCUAGUAACAUGAAUGUUCAAUAAAACAAGCAUAAUAUCAAUGCAGUGUAACUGAAAUGUGUUGUUUUGGUCUCAAUUUACUCAGUAAAGAUGACUUUCAAACUGCACA